AUGUUGAGUAACCUCAGCAGGAAAUUUUGGCGGCUCUGCUCAAGAAUCCGGUGGUGGAUAUGGAGGCGCCCGAGGCCGAAAGUCAUCAUCAGGAGGUUUGGAAAGCUGAAUCCUAAAGGCCAGCAGCCUAGAGAAAAAUUGGGCACUAAACCUUCAAGAACUCAUCGAAAUGGCCUAGUGGAUGGUGCUUCUGCACAAAGGCCUAUUCGUGUUGCCACAUUCAAUGCAGCCUUGUUCUCCCUUGCACCAGCAGUCCCAAAGCCUGAUCAAUCAGUUGUUUUCAUUGAAGAAGAUGAAGAUUAUUCGAAAUUCCAUGGUCUAGUUAAGUCUCCGAAUCAUUAUCCCAAGAGCAUACUUAAGCAAUCUCCAUUACAUCCUACAAUCAAUGGUCUUGAUCAAAUUCUCCCACAGACUGAGCUCACGAAACCAAAGUUAAAAGUAUCGAUAAAUCUUCCUGAUAAUGAAAUCUCAUUAGCACACAAUAAGGUUCCUAAAAUUGUGGAAGAUGACUCAAGCAAGAUUAUCAGAGCAAAUAGAAGCCUAGCUCCAGUGAGGUCCCCAUUAUGCUUCCCUGCUGGCAUGAAUAAUUCGAUGAAUGAUGGGUGUUGCGUGGGACGUCGAACCAUUCUUGAUGUGCUUAGAGAGGUGGAUGCUGAUAUUUUGGCUUUACAAGAUGUGAAAGCUGAGGAAGAGAAGAACAUGAAGGCUUUAUCUGAUUUGGCUGAUGCUUUAGGGAUGAAUUAUGUGUUUGCAGAGAGCUGGGCUCCUGAGUAUGGGAAUGCCAUUUUGUCCAAAUGGCCAAUUAAGAGGUGGAAAGCUCAGAAAAUUUUUGAUGACAAGGAUUUCAGGAAUGUGUUGAAGGCUACUAUUGAUGUGCCAUGGGCAGGGGAAAUCAACUUCUACUGCACCCAACUAGACCAUCUAGAUGAGAAUUGGAGGAUGAAGCAGAUUAAUGCAAUAAUCCAAUCAACUGAUCAUCCCCACAUCUUGGCAGGAGGUCUCAAUUCUCUUGAUGGAUCAGAUUACUCAUCAGAGAGAUGGACAGAGAUAGUGAGGUAUUUUGAGGAGAUAGGAAAGCCAACACCAAAAGUUGAACUCAUGAACUUCUUGAAGGGAAAAGAGUACACAGAUGCAAAAAACUUUGCUGGCGAAUUCGAGCCAGUGGUGAUCAUUGCCAAAGGCCAAAAUGUGCAGGGGACAUGCAAGUAUGGUACAAGAGUAGAUUACAUUCUGGCUUCAUCAGAUUCUCCAUACAAGUUCAUUCCUGGAUCAUACUCAGUAAUUUCAUCCAAAGGCACUUCUGACCACCACAUUGUUAAGGCUGAUAUAGUGAAAAUUCCGGCCAGCAGACGACGGAAUGUCAGCAGACAGAAGAAACUGAAACAGAAGGCUUCUAUCUUUAUGAUCACAGACCACAAGGGUCACUUGCAAGCAUUUUGCCCAUCCUCUGGUUGA